AUGCCGGCUCUGGGGCCCUUGAACACGCCUGCAGCUGAGGCAUCGUGCUAUGAAAAGAAAUUACAGAAGAAAUCCAUUAGUCAGAGAUUUCCAGUGGCAGUUUCCUUGCUUGGGAGCUGGAGGAGACUGACGCGUGUUUAUUUUGGGUUUGACAUCUACAGGAAGGUGCCCAAGGACCUCACGCAGCCGACAUACACUGGGGCCAUUAUCUCCAUCUGCUGCUGCCUCUUCAUUUUCUUCCUCUUCCUCUCGGAGCUCACCGGAUUCAUAACGACAGAAAUCGUGAACGAGCUCUACGUCGAUGACCCGGACAAGGAUAGCGGGGGCAAAAUUGACGUCAGCCUGAACAUCAGUCUACCCAAUUUGCACUGCGAGUUGGUCGGGCUGGACAUCCAGGAUGAGAUGGGCAGGCACGAAGUGGGCCACAUCGACAACUCCAUGAAGAUCCCGCUCAACGACGGGGUGGGCUGCCGCUUCGAGGGGCAGUUCAGCAUCAACAAGGUCCCAGGCAACUUCCACGUGUCCACACACAGUGCCACAGCCCAGCCACCGAACCCGGACAUGACCCAUGUCAUCCACAAGCUCUCUUUUGGGGACACACUACAGGUGCAGAACAUCCACGGAGCUUUCAAUGCUCUCGGGGGAGCAGACAGACUCACCUCCAACCCUCUCGCCUCCCACGACUACAUCCUGAAGAUCGUGCCCACGGUUUACGAGGACAAGAGUGGCAAGCAACGGUACUCUUACCAGUACACGGUGGCCAACAAGGAGUACGUCGCCUACAGCCACACGGGCCGUAUCAUCCCCGCCAUCUGGUUCCGCUAUGACCUUAGCCCCAUCACGGUCAAGUACACAGAGAGACGGCAACCUCUGUACAGGUUCAUCACCACGAUCUGUGCCAUCAUCGGCGGAACCUUCACCGUUGCUGGCAUUCUGGACUCGUGUAUUUUCACAGCCUCAGAGGCCUGGAAGAAGAUCCAGCUGGGAAAGAUGCAUUGACGACCCGCCCGGCCCGAUGGCCGAGGACCCAGGGAGACCGCUCACCCUGCCUCCAGCGCCCUGUCUCCUCCUGCCCUCUCUCUGGCCCAGGAUCUGGCUGCGUCCCAAAGUGGGGGUGAGGGGAAGGAGGGGGUGGCUUAUGGGUUUGCAGCUACCUCUUUUCCCCAUGUUUAACUUUAGCUGAAUGACACUGCCUGAAGUCGGGGUGCUCCUUUCUUUCCCUGAGGAGCCCCACGAUCAGAGUCGGGCAAGGAAGGCUUGGGGAUAUUGGGAACCACUCCUGGGACAGCUGCAGUCCCUUCGCUCUUAGGGGAGCAGCUCACAAUCCACGUCCACCAGCCCUCAACCAGGCUCUGACAAUCUCGCAGCCCCCAUCGUUUCAGACGCAUUAAUCACCUGGUUUCUCCCCUGGGCAACCAACCCACCCACAGACCUGAGCUCCUGACCUUGGACCUGGCUGCCCAAAGGUACCCCCAGCCGGCGCCCACAACAAAGAAUGGUACUUCCCAGGCAAGCCCCUGAGAUGUGGCGCUGCAGGUGGAGCCCUCGCUCCUCCUCCAUCCCUUCCUGUCCAACCUAGAGCCCAGCCUCAAGGCCCUCGCCCCUGCCCCUUCCUUUUUCUCCCCAGAAGCAGAUGCCCAGUUGCUGGGCAACAGCUGUGUAGGCUCAAGUCUGCCCACUGGUCACCGGGCACGUGGCGAGUUCCCCUUCUCUUCUUGUUCCUCUGAGCCCCCUGCCAAUGUGCCUCAGCCCCCUACCCCAACCCUGUGCUGUGUGGCAACUGCAUCGCUUGGUGGAGGGGCUGGCUGUGAUGAAUGAGGAAGCAUCCUUUGAGAACUGGGCAUGGCUUGUGCACCUAUGGUCCGGAUGGGACGCAUCCUUUUCUGCAACCCUAAAAUAAGCAUUUUUUGGCCAGGCAGUUGCCAUUGCUCCCAAGGGCUUGGGUGGGGGAAGCAAAGCAGACCAGCCCUUCUCCCAUCUUAGGACCUGAAGGCAAACAGCUCAUGGGCCUCUCCUGCAGCCCAGUUGUGACCCGCUUGUCCCGCUGAGCUCCCCCAUUAGCCGGCCACACACCAACUCCCUCCUGGUCCCUGGGGCAACUCCAUUGUCUCCCCACUUGCUCAUGGAUGGGUCCCUACCCCACUGCUCCCCCUCAUCCUUCCCCUGUAGUCCUGAAAGGGAGGGGCAAUGGUCCAGGCACAAAUUCCACCCCCCCCCCACCCCCGGGGAAUUUUAGUUAUGCCCUCCUGUCCCAGGCAAAGGGCCGCCCACCUGUUUCCCAUUUAUAUCAAGAUUGUUUGCAUACUUUUGUAAUUAAGGGCACUGUCCAGUGGAAUGAGUUUUUAAAUUAUCUAUGUGGAUGGCUCAAGUCUCCACCAUUUGUAAAAUUGUAAUUUGGGCUCUAGAUUCCAAUAAGAAAAGCUUUCCCUUUGGCAUAUGAGUUGACUAAUAGAAGUGUAAACUGCAUUUGGUUAUUUCUGGUAACUGGCCACUCGGAUGGAUUUUUUGUUUUUUUUGUUUUGUUUUGUUUUGGCAUUCUGUUCCCCAUUUACAGAAAGGAGCCCCUUGGGUGUGUGAAGACAUGUGCCUGGAGAGGGUGGGCAGGGCUGGGUGGGGAAAUGUGUGGCAUGCCCAGGAAUUGAAAUUCCACUUUUAUGCAUUAAAAAAAAAAAAAAAAAAAAACCUCUUGAGGACCUA